AUGCAUCUUGUUCUUCUUGUUUUGCUUGUCCCUCCUCUUAUCCUCCUCUUCAAAUUUGUGCGCUCAACCAUAUGGGUCCCACUGAGGACACAAAGGCACUUCCAAAAGCAGGGCAUAAGGGGCCCGGCCUACCGUCCGAUCUUCGGGAACUCGGCCGAGAUCCGCCGUCUGUUUGCAGAAGCUCAGUCAAAGCGAGGGGCAUUUGACCACGACAUCCUUCAACGCGCGUCCCCAUUUUACCACCGGUGGUCCCGCAUGUACGGGAAGAAUUUCCUGUACUGGUUUGGGCCGAAGCCCAGGCUGGCAAUAGCAGACCCCGACAUGAUCAAAGAAGUGCUUAUGAAUACGAGUGGGUCGUUUCAAAAGAUACCCUUUACCCCAUUAACCAAGAUUCUAUUUGGAGAGGGCCUUGUUGGGCUCGAAGGCGACCAAUGGGCUUUUCACAGAAGGGUUGUGAAUCAGGCCUUCAAAAUGGAGAAAGUCAAGAGUUGGGUGCCAGAGAUUGUGGCUAGUACCAUGAAGAUGUUGGAGAAAUGGGAGGAUGUAAGAGGAGGGAGAGAUGAGUUUGAGAUGGAUGUGCACAAGGAACUUCAUGAGCUCUCAGCAGAUGUUAUAUCCAGGACAGCUUUUGGAAGCAGUUUCGAGGAGGGAAAGCGAGUUUUCAACUUACAAGAACAACAAAUGCAUCUUUUCUCCAAGGCAGUCAGGAGCAUCUACAUCCCUGGCUUCAGGUUUUUGCCUACCAAGAAUAACAGAGAGAGAUGGAGACUAGAUAAGGAAACUCGCGAAUCAAUACGGAUGUUGAUUGUGAAUAACCGCAAAACAAGAGAAGAUUCAAGAAAUCUGCUUAGUCUGUUAAUGUCUUCUUACAAGAAUCAGGAUGGUGAAGAGGAGAAAUUAGAGAUACAAGAAGUUAUUGAUGAAUGCAAGACCUUCUACUUUGCAGGAAAGGAAACAACUGCUAAUCUUUUGACUUGGGCACUUCUCCUUCUUGCUCUGCAUCCGGAAUGGCAAAGCAAGGCUCGAGAAGAAGUCAAUUGCGCUUGUGGAAGCAAUAAGCUUCCGGUUGCAGAGAAUUUGAAUGACCUUAAGAUUGUAAGUAUGAUAGUUAACGAAACACUUAGACUCUACCCUCCGGCUGUGAUGCUAAUGAGACAAACAUCAAACAAGGUCAAGCUUGGGAGCCUGGACAUUCCUGCUAACACACAACUUUACUUGGCCUUGACUGCUGUCCAUCACGACACUGAGAUAUGGGGAGAAGAUGCCAAUGAAUUCAACCCGAUGAGGUUUUCAGAGUCUCGAAGGCAUUUAGCAUCAUAUUUUCCGUUUGGUCUGGGGCCUAGAAUCUGUGCAGGUCAAAAUUUAGCUUUGGUUGAAGCAAAACUGGUCUUAGCAAUCAUCAUCCGGCACUAUUCUGUCACGGUAUCACCUACAUAUGUUCAUGCUCCAAUUUUGUUUAUAAGUUUACAGCCCCAGUAUGGCGCUCAAAUCCUCUUCAGGAAGAUUCCAAACUGA